CAAAAAAAAACCUAGAUCAGCCGAAGUUCCCCAAUUCGUUGCUGUCCUGUCAUUGGCCCAUGUCAGCAUCAUGAGUACUUGAUCAAAAGGUCAACCCAAUUUAAACAUUUUUCUUCGCAUCGUCUGGUGUUUCUAGACACUCGCCCUAAUUCCCGAGAUCGUGGUUUUGGUUGUCCUCGCGCCCCCCCUCGGCAAAACCGCAUUUGAUGUCUUUAGUUAUAGAACAUUCAGACGCGAGAGUGAGAGUGAGCCCGGCGAGGUGGAGAGCCCCCAAACACGCAUCCAGUCCGCUCACGGGGCGCAAUCACCUGGAGUACCGGCCUAAUCAUUUUUCACCUCACAUACGGGUUGGCGAGAGGCUUCCAACUCCCAUUGUACCGGCUUUCUAGACCUGUCAGGGCGAGGAUUGGGGAGGGAGGUGGUCGAAAUACUGAACAGGCGAAAAAAGGACCAGAGAGUGAACAAGAGGAAACCCGCGAAAAGCUCUUAUAUGAAAUUAUAAGAUCCGAGGAGGAUGGCCACCGACCCUUUUGAGUCGCGACAGGAUCGUCGCGGCUCCAUAUUGGAUACCCGGGAGACUUCGGUGGCGGCACCGGGUUUUGACCCUUCACUGGACCCUACGAUCCGAAGACUUUUUGACCAGCAAGCUGAAAUUCAGGCGAAACUGGCUGCGCUGCUUCCGGCUAGACAACUUACCAACAGCCGGCUUGAACUGGCUAUGUUACAGCAUAAGCUACGUGCUCUCGAGACGUAUGUGCGUAGUCAAAACUUGUCUGGUAAUGUUCCUAUUCUAUGUGAGAUUGAGGAAGCUAGGUCACUACAGUACCGAUGCGAAUGCAUUGAGAGCUACCUGAUUGACGAAGGUCUUGAUCUUUAUGAUGCAAGGUUCCUUGAUGCCUUGGGGCUCACUGCUCACGGCGAGGCGCCUCUGGGGUAUACUUCAUGGUUGGAUCAAAACAUAUCGCAUUAUGACCCUGUCUUUCGAGGAUGGAGAACAAGAGGUUCUGUGCCGUUAAUAUCGAGGCGUCAGGUCUCGUUCAAAUGCUAUCAUGACGAGUGCAUUCAUCAAAUCUACGGAUUCUCAACAGCCGAGGAUCGAGAUGAGCAUGUGAAGCGGCAUGCGCACCCUGCAAAAAGAGAUUCGGGGCCAUCAAUCAGCACCGUAUUGCCGCUAUCGUUCUCAGAUUCAUCACAGCCCAGAGUCUUUGGUGCAGAUCAUCUCAAACAGGGCUCUCCUGCUCCUUUACCCCGUUUGUCAGUGCCGUCUGCGUUACCGGGCUUAGCCACAAUUGGCCAAUCAAGAGAUCGGCGAGGUUCAGUCCCGGGCUACCCUCCGACAAACGAAUUCCCUUCUCAACAUCGUAGCUCACUGCAAGUUGAACCAGAGGUUGAUCCUAUGCUCCCACCGCUUAAGCGAAGUAGAGUCGGUCAUUCUAGGUUGGAGUCGAUUGGAGAACUAAGACUUCCCCGCGACACCGGGCCUUGUCUUCGCUGCAAGGUCCAGGCUAAGCCAUGUGACUCGAGAGACGACUGCGCGUUCUGUUCUGAGGAGCCAACUUCUGUUGGCGAUGAGCUCUGGGCAGUUCUUGGAUGUCACCGUGGACCUCUGGCCAACUUGGCCGAUUAUAUGCUGCCGGAAGCUCUUUCCCCGAGGCAGACACACACACCAGUCACAUCGCCCAUGGCAAGGCGUCGAAACAUGAACGACUACCUCGAAAGGACGUACAUUGUUAAUCAAAAUAUGGUAGAAUUAGUCAAAAGCCAUCUUGAUUUUAAUGAUGGAUUCUGGUGGACUGAGGACCUGGCAACUCUACCCAUGCCCAACCCUACUUUGGCGACCUAUUCAAAAGAACCCAAAGAUUAUCCACCACCUGUGCUGAAAGUGCUUGCCGCAAGCUGGAACACAGAAGGCGUCCCCUUUCAGUUUUGGGAGCUUUUCAGGCUGACAGGCUUUAUGUCGGAUAGUAGGGAGUCCGAAGCUGUACACUACCCAGUCCUAUACCGGGCUAAACUUCUCUUACGAGAGAUACUUUUUUACGACUUACAGCAGCCGGAGCCAUCGAUACGAACGGAAGUUAAUGUUUCUAACGCCCAACUUCUCCCUGACGAUAUGGAUUACGAUAGUCGUAACCGACUGAUUUAUAAUUGCAUGGCUCAAUUCUUACAGUCUUUCGAAGGUGUGACCAUGCGAAGGGUCGUAUCUGAACCUAAAAGCUGGCUUGCUAUUUUCAUUUCGCUUUGCAUAUUUAGCAUUGUGAGGACGAUCCUAGCCGAUCUCAUCUCGACCCCAUCGCGAAAUAUUUCAGCUCAGGCUCAAAACGGAUUGCCCAUCUCUGGGGGAGCUACGGCAAUGCACAGCGUGUAUAAGGCACUGGUUCACGUGUUUGCAUGGUCCACCCCGAUGAUACUGGACAGCCCGGUUUUAGAAAUGGAUUCAAACGAUCGAGCUCUAUUUGUCACAACGCUAGCGGCCAUUCGAAAAGAAGAUUGGAUCCCCUGGGGCAUUCGCUCGACUAAAGACUUCUUGCUAGGACUAGGAAGCGGAUAUUUGGUUGACAACGUCGGGUUCAACGGGUUCUUCCGCCAGCGGACGCCCAUUUACCGACAUGUUUCGUACACCCAGCCGGCAGUCGUUGGUGAGGCUGGGGAACCCCGCAGGUCCAUCUCCGAAUGGCGACCAAUAGACCCUUGGGCGAAUAGAGGUGACCAGGAUAUGCUACCCUCUGCCUUCGGAAUGCAGCAGGAAAGGAGGCACACCGUGGCGGAAAGCCCCGCCUUUACGCGUGCAAUCGCACGGGGCCUCAGCUCGCCCACAAAGCUAAGGACCUCGUACCAACGCCCACCUCUUCGUAGAGUGUUCUGCUCAAAAUGCAACGAAUACCCCGAAGGCUUCCGCGGUGAACACGAACUUCGGAGGCAUACCGAUGCCAAGCAUGCCGCUUUAGUAAAGCGAUGGGUUUGCACUGAGCCACCUAACCCAAGCCCAAACGCACCGCAGCCACUGAUUCCUCUAUCUAAAUGCAAAGCAUGUGUCACACAAAAGAAAUACGGUGCUUAUUACAAUGCUGCAGCUCACCUGCGACGCGCGCAUUUCCACCCCCACAGGAGCGGCAAGGCGAGUGGCGAUUGGCCCCCGAUGUCCAUUCUCAAAGACUGGAUGCGGGAAGUUCGGCAAUCGAUCGACAUCAACGAGAACGACAGUUCGAGUGGGGAAGACGAAAACGAAGUCCGAAUGAUAGAGGAGUACACGCUGCCUCGACAGCCAUCAUUCCUAGAAGCCCCGAGGCUUGCUCCUGCGCCCCCUCAGGGACCCAUACUAGCACCAUCUAUGCCACCCUCGUUAGAAAGCACCGUUCAUAGCAGCCCCAGUAUAUCGAAGGCCGAGGAUAAUCGAAAUCGCUGCCCACACCCGGACUGUGGUCGAGUCUUCAAGGAUCUAACAGCGCAUAUGCUAACACAUCAAGAAGAGCGACCAGAAAAGUGUCCGAUCGAGACGUGCGAGUACCAUACUAAAGGAUUUGCCCGUAAGUAUGACAAGAACAGGCAUGCUCUUACCCAUUAUAAAGGGACAAUGGUCUGUCCAUUCUGUCCAGGUCCAGGAACAGCGUACGAGAAGGCAUUCAAUCGCGCCGACGUCUUCAAGCGGCAUCUAACUGCAGUACAUAAUGUUGAGCAGACACCGCCUAACAGCCGGAAGAUGAUUAUCAGUGGGGGUAGCUCUCGCAACGGCGGAGAUGCUAAGUGCUCGAUCUGCCAAACACGAUUCUCGACAGCCCAGGAAUUCUAUGAGCAUUUGGAUGACUGCGUUCUCAAUGUCAUUGUUCCGACGACACCCAAGGCCUCGAGGGACCAGACAUCCACGCCGCAGAAGGGUGACCAGAAAAACACUCAGGCCAAUAUGAGCGAAGGUGAUGAAAAGCCCGACCUGCUUAGUGGUCGCGAGAUGAGGAGAAGCACCGAGGCGAGCUCAACGGCUGGGUCGGCCGAGCAUCCGAGGGAAACCACAGAGAAAAUGGACUUGGACUCGGACAGGGGCGACUGAAACAACUACUUCUGCGCAAAUGGAUUUAAAACGUGAUUUCAAAGCGAACUCGAUUAUUGCAUGUUCUAUGCCAACACAUGCUUACCUAGGCACAUACAAACCUGGCGCUUCUUCAUUGCUUGCUUGCUUGUUCGGUAGACGGCGAGGUGCUCGGUGUAGCACAAGAGCGAGAGGGACAAAAAGAAAAGAAGGCGUUUGUGCGUUUUAUGCGUUGAGAAAAGAUGCAUGUUUAUUUGAAACAAGGGGGGUUAAAUGAGUGUCUGGUUGGAAGUUGGGACGCGAUGCGACGAGAUGAGAUGAGAUGAGACGAGACGAAUUAAACGAGCGAGCGAGCGAAUAAGCAGGCUAUCCUAACCACCACAUCUACCUACCCCUAUCUACCUGCGUAUAACGCUGGGAACAACUCGACCUUAGCUAUUACUUACUUUACUCAUCAUAUCACCACGAUGUAUUUGCACGACACAAUGCAACGCAA